CAAGGCGUGCAGGACCAGUAGGUCAGACCGGAGUCACCAUGGCGUUUUUCUGGACUUCGCUUGUUCUUCUCACCGUAUUGAGACAGGCUGCAAGUCAAGGUGCAUACCUGGGCUGCUAUGUUGACCAAGAAGACGCUAGAGACUUCCCUUAUGUGAUGACAUGGUCGGACCUGACGCCGCAAAAAUGCAUACGUCACUGCGCUGAUCUGGGUUAUGCCUACGCGGGGUUACAAUACGCGGUCGAGUGCUUUUGUGGAGACAGCUAUGGGACCUACGGACCAGCGCCCGAGUCAGACUGCCACCACGCAUGCUCAGGAGGAGGAGCGCAUGCAUGUGGAGGUGGCUGGAGGAACUCUGUCUGGUCCACUGGAGCAGCUGUACUGACGGAGGACCAGCUGGAGCUCGUGUUUGAAGAUAACUUUGACACCCUCGAUCUCAGCAAAUGGCAGCCCGAGAUCACUGCUGGAGGGGGAGGGAAUGAAGAAUUUCAAUUGUACCUGAACCACCCUGAGAAUCUCUAUGUUCGGGAUGGAACGCUCUUCCUAAAACCGACUCUGUCAGCAGGUCGGUAUGGGGAGAAGUUCCUGGUAGAUGGAGUUAUCAACCUGCGAGAGAAUAUGCUGUACCUUGGUUGCUACCAUGACGGGGGGAGUUUGGACUCCCGUGACUUGAGUGGGGACCGCAUGACUUCUGCCGACCUGACACCAAGACUGUGCCUGGACCACUGCUCGGCGGGGGGGUAUACCUAUGCUGGGCUGCAGUAUGGCACUGAGUGUUUCUGUGGAGACAGUUUUGGUCAGUUUGGUGCUGCUCCUGAGUCGGAGUGUACCACUCCUUGUGCAGGGGACGCAGGGCAGGUGUGUGGCAAUGGAUGGAAAAACUCCAUCUACACAUCUGCUGGUGGCAGAUGUACCCUGGAAAACUGGAAUGGCUGCUACAUGGCGGGCUCUCCCAGUCAGCACCUGCCACCUGUGCUGUCAGCCAGGAUCACCACAGCCAGGAGCUUCAGCUUCAGGUACGGCAAGGUGGAGGUACAGGCAAAGAUGCCGACAGGAGACUGGAUCUGGCCAGCGAUUUGGCUGCUGCCUCAGGCCUGGGUUUACGGGGAUUGGCCAAAGUCAGGGGAGAUUGACAUCGUGGAGACAAGAGGAAACCGUAACUUGUAUGCAUCCUGGGGUGCCUCUCUGGGUGUUGAUGUCACCACUAGCACCCUGCACUGGGGACCCAGCGGUGUCUGGCCCUAUAACGGCUUCGUCAAGACAAGGGCUGAGAAGGAGGCGCACACUGGGACGUAUGGGAGUGACUUCCACAACUGGACCAUGGUGUGGACUGACCAGUAUCUCAAGUUCUCUGUAGAUGAUGAGGUGAUGCUGACAGUCUCACCACCACAUGGGUUUUGGGCACUGGGAGACUUUGGUCUGCCUGACAGUGACAACCCUUGGAUUGGGGCAAGCAGGCUGGCACCGUUUGAUCAAGAUUUCUACUUGAUAAUGAAUGUGGCCACUGGUGGGACGAAUGGUUUCUUCAUGGAUGACUAUGUCAACAUGCCAUACCCCAAGCCCUGGUCCAACUCCCAGUCCCGCUCCCAGGCCAUGGAGCACUUCUGGCAGGCUCGCCACCAGUGGCUUCCCACCUGGGACCCAAACGCCAACAAUGGCGAGGACGCAGCCAUGCAGGUCAAGUCUGUCAAAGUGUGGAAGUUCCGAGAUCUGUGACUCUGUAACAUGAGCUAAUACUGUUUGACACUGAGUGGUCGUCAAACAGUGCUGGCAAAUAAAUUG